GAGAACGGUUGAGGGCAAAGUGAGUUGCCUGCUGCUGUCACAGCACAUGCUCCUGAUGGUCGGGCAUGCGCACUGACGGAAAGACCUUGCUUGCUCUCCGCUGCCCGCCGGACUGCGGCAGGGAUCAGAAGAGUUGCUUGUUGCUGCCGGGAGGUUCCCUGCGCUCUCCGCUGCGAGCGAGCGAGCGACGUUUCCCUCCGGCCCAGCUCCCUUCCCCGCCGCCUAUUGUCCUCCGCGCCAUGUGACCGGGGACAGUGACUGAGCACUUUUUUUCUGCUUAGUCAUCGCCCCCGUCUAAGGGGACUGCCCAGGCUCAGCCCGCCCGGCCGCCUCGAUCGUUCCGCUCUUCUCCCCUCCAGAGUCCAGACCGGGAGCCGCCGACUUGGAGGACGAGCACGGGCUCCCUUCGGAGGCAGCAUCAGCAGCGAUUCCUACGCGGGAGCGCCGAGAUCUGGACGCCUACAUGGGGACGGAGAGCGGCAGCGCCGGGAUUUUGCUGGGGCAAGCGGGCACCCUCAACUUGCAGACGGGCAACCUGCUCAACUGGGGCCGCCUGCGGAAGAAGUGCCCGGCUACCCCCAGCGAGGAGCUACGGGAUUGCAUUCAGAAAACCUUAAAUGAAUGGAGUUCAAAGAUCAGCUCCGAUCUAAUGCAGGAGAUGCCUGAAAUCCUUGAAUGUACUCUAGCUCAAGCAAUAGAAAAGAUCAAUCCAGAAGAAAGAGAAGAAUUAAAAGUUUCAGCAAAACUGUUUAUCGCAGGAUCAAAUAUUUCAUCGAUCCGAGAAGCUGUCAGUAUGACAUGUUCUGCUCUUGGUGUGAACCAGUUAGAUUCUGUUAUCAUUGCUCCUCCUCUAACUGAAGAUGGAAUCAAUCUUUCCCUCGAAUAUUUACAACCUUACUGGGCAGAACUUGAAAACUUAGUUCAAAACAAAAAGAUUGUUGCCAUUGGGACAUCUGAUCUAGAUAAAUCACUGCUAGAGCAACUGUUCUUGUGGGCACAGGUGAAACCAAGCAGUAACCAAGUGAAUCUCGCUUCCUGUUGUGUAAUGCCACCAGAUUUGACUGCAUUUGCAAAAGAGUUUGAUAUCCAGCUGUUAACUCAUAAUGAUCCAAAAGAACUACUUUGUGAUGCAAGCUUCCAAGAAGCUCUUCAAGAGAGUAUCCCAGAUUGCCAGGUGCAUGAAUGGACUCCACUGUGGCUUCUACGGUAUUCAGUCAUUGUCAAGAGUAGAGGAAUUAUCAAAUCAAAAGGUUACAUCUUGCAAGCUAAAAGAGUCCCAUCAUCUUAAGAUUAUUUUGUGCAAUAGUUUGCUUCCGUCUCACCUCUACAAGAUACUGCACCAAGGUGCAAACUGGAAUUUGUAAGGACCAACGUUUUUUUUUUAAUUUUCAGGCGAUCAGUGAAGCCUAGUUUAUACUGUGGAAUCGCAAUGACAGCAUAUUUGGUCUAUCCAUUUCCUUUUCUUUCAUAUGUGCUCUUUGUGGUGAGACAAGCGUGCUCACAUGUGAAAUAUUGUUUUUCAUUAAACUGCUAAUUUUGAGAUUAUAUAUAAAUAUUUGGAAUAUUUUAAGACUAAUAUAAACUAAAAAAUUGACUAGCUAUUUUUUGACUGAAAUAUUUUUAUUUGCAAGGAGAAGUGUAACUUGUUAAACCUUUUCUUAUUGCUGCUAUGCAGAGAGUAGAAUGGAUUUAUGAACAAUUGUGGAAUAAGCAGCUCUCUGGUUAAAUCCAUGGGACAAAAUUAAGUGUGUGCAACAAAAUUGUGUAAUAUAUUCAUGAAUGUAUAAUGUAUAGUUGAUAUUCUUCCUGCCCCCCAUAACACCACCUCAAGUACACAAAGCUGUGCUAGUCCUUGCAUUGUAUUUUUUCUUCUGUUAUUUCUGUUCCAUUUUCCUCUUGGCACAAGGCUAGGAGAUGGCAAGUUUCUGUUGGAAUUGUAGGAGCUGGAGAUCACUGGUCAAAAACAGUGUCAAACUUUGGCUGCUUUUGUUUUGCCUAUGUUUAAACACCAUACAUGCUGUCUGAAAGCCAAUGAGAUCUGGCUAGAAAGUUACCAUUUUCAUUAGAACUAGCUUGGUGCAUUCAGUACUAUUGACAAUUUAGUCUAAGGAAACUGCUACAGCAUAAAUUAGUCUCCUAGUUUUUCAUCUAGGACAAGUGUGUUCUAAUGAAAUGUCUAUUCAAAGACAUUUUGUAAACUUCUGUGCCAAUUAAACGAGGUUAUAUUUUAAAAAUACGUAUGCCUAUUAAUGCACCAGUAAAGUUGACCACUCCCAUUUAAACCUUUUAUCUGAAAUUGUACAUUCUGAUCAAACAUAAUUUUGUCAUCAGCGGCUAGAAUGAAUAAAUGCUCUUGUACUGUCAGUAGUAUCAUAUCUAUAUACCUUAAUCCAUUCCAGUGGGUAAACUUUUUGUGCUUCUAUUUUGAAUAAGGGGGUUUAGCAUGUGGUGGUGUUUGGAUCCUAAAAUAUGUUAUGGAUGUGCCAGACCCCAGCUAUCCAACUUUUACUUGGAAUUAAAUUCCAAUGAAAUCACUGGGGCAUUCCUGACAAGUAAUGUGUGAGGCUCCCAAGUCACUUGGGAGCAGUCCUGAAGAACUAACUUUAGCAUGACUUCUCUGACAGGAAUUGUGUUUUUAGCUUCAAUUUACUCCUUAAAAUAUUUGAAUAAUUCUAGAAACAUUGAUCAAAAUAGUAUGUGUAUCUUGAAUCUGCAGAAAAAACUGCUUAUGCAAAGUUAGGUCAGAAUACCAAAUGGGGUGAAUUUUGACUGUAGAGAGCUGCAAUUGUAUGUAGUCCACUUCAAAAUUAACAGAUGGUCUUAUUUAAACUUCUGUACUGAAUAUGCUUUUUACUAGUUUGAAAUCAUUUCUGUUGAUUAAAAACAAGAGAUUGCUUUACAGAAA